AUGUACGGUACAAAGGCUGAAAAUUUGGAUUUUGUCAAUGGUGUAGACUCGUUUGUGCAGACUGCCAAGGCACACAAGAAUCUACAAGAUGAUGGCUUCGUGUAUUGCCCAUGCAUUGAUUGCAAAAAUCAGAAGCAGUUUGGCAAUGUUGAGCAGAUCCGCUUUCAUCUGUUAUUUAGAGGUUUUAUGCCCAACUACCAAGUUUGGAACAAGCACGGUGAGAUUGGUGAGACAAUGCACUCCGUCCAUGAGGACAGGCAUGAAACAGUGGAGGAAACAACUAACCCGGAAAUAGUAGACGAAACCGGGCAUGAAAGCGUAAAUGAAAUCAUGCAGGAAACAUUAGUUGCUGAUGAUGUUGUGGAUGCACUAGACCAGAUGAUACGUGAUGGGGAACCGGACUUUCUUGACGAAAAGAAUCUGAAGAAGUUGGAGCAGAUGAGGAUAGAUGCAAUAACACCACUUUACCCAAGUUGCAGCGUGUCUAAACUUGAAGCAAACCUGAUGCUAUUGGAGAUGAAGUCUAGUAAUGGUUUGUCAGACAAGGGAUUUGAUGAUUUGUUAAGCUUAUUGCAGAAGUUGCUGCCAAGCCCUAACGGGUUGCCUGAAAACACAUACCAAGCGAAGCAAAUGAUUUGCCCAAUGGGACUGGAGGUACAAAAGAUCCAUGCAUGCCCUAAGGAUUGCAUCUUGUAUCACGGCAAAUAUGAAGACUUGGAUGCAUGUUCAGUGUGCUCAGCUUCACGGUACAAAUGUCCUGAAUCGGCAUUGUCAAUGAAAGGUGACAGCAACAAACGACCACCUGCCAAGGUCGUCUAG